AUGCUUUCUUCUUUGAUUCUGUCCCUUAUCGUAGUGACGUUUUCACGGCAGACGACAGCGUCGCAUUUUCGCGGCGGGAUCAUCACUUGGAAGCCAAGCGGGAAUAAUUCGAGCGAGGUGCUUUUUAACUUUCGGCUGGGCUUCCGAAGAUCCUUUUCCAAUUCUUAUUACUGCGACAACUCGAUGGUCGCAAAUCAAAGCAUCGUAGGAAGUGGAGACAGCUGGAGAGCAAGUCACGACAAAAGAUAUUAUUUAAGCUUUACUGUGGCAGACACGGGAUAUCAUUGCACCGAUUUCAGUGUUCAGGAGGACUGGACACAAGGGGAAAACAGUUUUGAGUAUACUUUCUCGGAUGAAGGACCCUGGCUGAUAAGUUAUUCAAGUUGCUGUUGGAUCUCAUUAGCGAAUGGAGGCAGUAGUUGGCUUCUCUCGACCACUGUCAACCUGACAAGGCGGCAGGAUGACGGAAAAAUCAACUCAUCUCCGAUCUCAGCAAUGGCUCCCAUCGUUCGACACCAGCAAGGCUGCCCAAAAACAAUCACUAUUCCCGCCGAGGACUCGGAUGGUGAUAAAGUUCGCUGUCGAUGGUCGAUUGGCUAUUACAGAGAGUGUGGUGGUGUAUGUCAAAGCUUUCAAAGCGGCGCUUUGGACGAAGGGAAAUGCACUUUGAGUCUCCCUAGCAAUAUAGCUCUCGGUUGGCAUGCAGUGGCUAUUACCUUAGAAGAUUACCCAGCUUCAACGACCAACUUCCAAAGCGCCACUCCAUACAGUCAUGUGAGCCUGCAGUUUCUUGUACACGUGAGUCCAUCUUCCGGGCCGUGUAAUAGGGCUCCAGUCCUAAUAGGCCAAAGUCCAAACGACGGAUCUUGUGAGGAAGUGUCAAAUGGAAACACAUUCAACAGCGUUAUUGAAGCAAAACAUAUCGACUCCUCCAGAAGCAUUGCAGAGAUUAUCACUGUCACACCACUUUAUAUGGUUAUUUCUGGCCUCCUGAAUUACACUGAUUCGAUCGGGGAUACAGUAUUCUACAGGAACGCGUCGUGGAAUCCGCGAUUGUCUCAGAAAGGACGACAUAUCUUUUGUUUCAAGGCAGUUGACAACUUCGGAAUUGAAAGCAAGCAAAGAUGUAUCACUAUUAUCGUCGGAUCAAACAGCACUCCAAAUCCGUUAUUGUACUCCCGUGUUCCUGUGGUUCCUCGUUUGUCAUGGCCGUGGUGGUUUGGAUUUGUGGACUUUAACAUAACGUUUGACCAACAG